GCUCAUAGGUUGCGCUGUCUAGCAACAUGUCUGCGCCCAUGAUAGACGUAACGUGCUGAGGAAAAAUGGCAUCCCAGGAAAGUACAGGCACUUACUGCUAUUGCAAAGCAAAGAGCUUGGAACCUCCUAUGCUGGAAUGUAAACAGUGCAGACGGUUGUUUCACACAGGUUGUUUAAACCAGCCCCCGCCAACAUAUCUGGAGGGUGAUGUAUUCUAUGAAAUUAUAUGCUGUGGAUGCAAUGGAUUGGAAGUUGAAUCUUUUGAAAGGAUGAAAAUGUCAUGGCUACAAGCUAUAUGGCUGUCAUUAUACAACCUGCAGUUGUCUGGUGUCACAGGAAGACAGGGAUAUUUCAGAUGGAAAGAGAAUAUAUGUGCUUUCAUAGAACGCAACUGGAACCUAUUGUUUACUCCAGAAAGGAAGCAGACGGCAACAUGGCAAUGUACUGUGGCAAGUGUCCUAUCAUCAAACUGCCCCAAAAUAUUUAAAUCAGGAGCUAGUGUGAUAGGACAAAGUGGUUGGUGGCGGCUAUUGGAAACUAAACCACCAGUACCAGAUAUGGGCCAAUCGACCAGAAAGACGAGGAUCAGAGGCCGAGAAACAGACUGGCUGCUUAUGCAUUCAGGCCGGGUAAAGGCAGAGGGUCUGCGGACUCGCAAGCAUGGCUCACCAAUAGAUGCUGCCAUCGCACUAAAGGCAAAGCGAUCUACUACACAGGAGGCUAAGGAGAUGAGAAAGAAGAAAGUGACCGAAAGCACUGCACAGCAUGUAGCUUUGCCCAGAAAACAUGUCGAAACAGAGAUCAAGUCUAGGUCAACGUCAGCAGCAGUAGCGCCACCCUAUGAAGCAAAUUAUCAGCCGGCCGUGAUUGCUGCAUCACCACUGCCAGAAGCUAAUAACUCCAACUUAUUAAGCGUUAAUGUCUCUGACAGUGACUUGACUGCUGAACUUCAGAGCGAAGAGACGAAUGAUUUGGAGCGCUGUGGCAUUGUACCCGUAUUGCCUGUAUGCACGAAAAACGUGCAGACCUACGCAUCUGCGUCAGACUUGUCUAACAGCCCUGCAGAAUCGCUGGAGGAUGGGAAGCAAACUACAGAUCAUGGAACACAACACACACUAAAGCACACAACGCAUCAGACGACAGAGCAGACGAUGCAGCAGUCAACAGAGCAGACGAGAGAUGUUGUAGUCCCUGCUGCUGCUGGCAGACAGCUAUGUGACGCCUCCCUCUCGAGUCGGGAGGGUCUUCUGCAGCUGUUGCACAAACGACGGAAGAAUGAGAUGGACUUCCUCCAUUCGGGAGAUCUGAGCGUUCACGAGAGCCUGCCAGAUACGCUACUGACAGAAGAGGAUGAUUCGGAAAUAAUGGACAUUGACAUUGAGAUUGAUCCAUGUGCUCUUGACUCUGACUCAGAACCUGUCUGCAGAAUGGACUCUCCCAACAUGGACGACAUUCUCGCGAAUCUAGAUGACAGUGUUGCCAGCGUUGAGACGAAACGGCAAAGUGACGAGGUUGUCAUGGAAACGUCCAAUAACGACACUUCCGUGAGAGGUGAGGAGUCGGAGGUUGAGUCUGAAAGCUCAGAAGAGUCCAAGUCGGAAUCUGAGGAAGAGGGAGGCGUUUCCCAUCAGCCAGAGUAUUGCUCCCUUGAGAAACCCAUAAAAAGGAGAAGGAAUAAAAAAUUUGAGAAUCUGGUUGAGGAACAUCCUAAACCCAGGUUUUUCCCAGUAAGUUUGUAUGAAGAGAAACAGUUGCUUAGGAAAUUGACGCCUGUGAGCUUCGUCGAGCUGCCUGAAGCUCGUCGACUACGGAGAAAGCUCAUGCUCAGACAGGAAGUACUACAGCGGGGCAGGGUUAGCUCUAGUACAUUGUAUAGAGUGCUGAAGCCUUUCAUUAGGCGGGACUGUGAGACAAAGCCACUCAAGUUAAAGCUACUGGAGGAGAUUGUUGCAUAUGGGCACAAGAAUGAUCCCGGUUGGAAGGUUGACCCACAGGCCCCCAUAGACUACUGUUAUGUCCGACCUCAGCACAUUCCAUCUGUAAAUGCGCUAUGCCGGGAGUUUUUCUGGCCGGAUAUAGACAUGUCAGAGUGCUUGCAAUACCCGGACUUCAGCGUGGUUGUGCUCUACAGGAAGCUGGUGAUAGGCUUUGGAUUCAUGACGCCGGAUGUGAAGUACAACGAAGCGUACAUUUCGUUUCUGUUCACUCAUCCGGAGUGGAGGAAUGCUGGCAUCGCCACGUUCAUGAUUUAUCAUCUCAUACAGACCUGCUUAGGAAAGGAUGUAACGUUGCACGUGUCUAUCACCAAUCCAUCUCUCCUGCUCUACCAGAAGUUUGCUUUCAAACCUGAAGAGCUCAUACUUGAUUUCUACGACAAAUAUUUUUUAGAAGAUUCAAAAGAGUGCAAGCAUGCACUGUUUCUUAGGCUCAGACGAUAGCGGGGUUCACCGUGUAUUUCUAUUAAUUGAAGCUACUAUGUGUGUGUUAAAACGAUUCUUUUGAUACAAGGCAAUUAGUAUGGUCGUAAUUAACUUGUGAUUAUGCCUAUGCCGAAUUACAUUUUGUGUUUGAAUAUUAAAUUAUUGAUUGAUUAUAAAGCUUUACACACAUAUUGAUAAUGGUCCACUGUCAUUAUUGUGAUUCAGAUUGAAAAUAUAAUUUAGGCCAUGCAUGAAUGAAUAUAUUAAUUAUAUUGUAGGUAGCGAGAUAACUGUUGAUAUAUGAUAUAUUUUUUGAAGUAUGAUGUAUUUGUACAUAUUUGCAUGAGAAAAUACCAA